ACAGAUAACGUCAUCACCCCUCCAGGUAAAACACUGGCACACCUGUGUUCCUCGCACACGGUGUUGCUGCCUGUAGGCACGCGGAAGUGAAGCGGAGUUGUAGAUGUUUUAUCCUGUGGUCGAAGGAGAAGUUUGUUUGUUCGUUUGUGUUUGUGAGAGAUGGACGUUAAGGAGGCCACGCAGCUGCUGCUGAGCGCAGGUUCCUCUGACUGAACUUCUACAUCGAUUCUGAAACAAACUCCAGCGUCAUGUUCUUCAAGGGCAGAACGGGUGACAUGGAGAUGAGGAGCAGUGAGAAAAAGGAUCCCAGCGCUGAGGCUUCUACUCUGCCAUCACACAGAACCUAUGAUGCCGUACUCGUGGCCAACAUGCUGGACGUUGAGGACGAUGAAGACGAGGCCCAGAAAUCCCAGAAACGGCAAGCCUUCCUACAGCAGCUGAAGAAGAAAAAAAUCAAAGUCACACAUAUAACCCAAGCUGGCAAAGAAUUCUAUGGCCUGCGAGCUCCAGAUGAGAUAUUUGAAGACUAUCAGUAUCUGCUCAAAGUCUCUGACUCCUGCAACUGGAUCGGGGAGGUGAAUGGAGCCAUCAACCAAGCUAACAGAAUCCGAAUCGUUGAUUUCAUUCUUCAUCAGACGUUUGUCAACUCAAAAGAUAACCUGGAGAAGCUCAUUUCAGAGGAUGUAUUUGAAACCACCUUCUGCCUCCACGAGAGAAAGACGCAGAAAGAACUGAGGGAGGAGUGGGCUCGCUGGUCGGCUCUCUUCACAGCACAACCAGUCAAUAAAAUCAAAGAGUACUUUGGAGAGAAGGUGGCUCUGUACUACCUGUGGCUGGGCUGGUACACCAAACUGCUGGUUCCAGCUGCUGCUCUGGGUGUGGUCGUCUUCCUCUAUGCAUUGGCUUUCUUCAACACCAACCCUCUCAUUAAGGAGGUGUGUCACUCCAACAUCACCAUGUGUCCUCGCUGUGAUGAUGACAGGUGUCCGGUGUGGCAGCUCUCAGUCACCUGCACAUACGCUAAGGUCAGCCAUUUGUUUGACAAUGAGGGCACUGUGGCGUUCGCCAUGUUCAUGGCGAUCUGGGCUACACUCUUCUUGGAGUUUUGGAAAAGAAUCAGAGCCACGCAUGUCUCUGCUUGGCAUGUCUAUGACUGGUGUGAAGAAGAGGAGGAACUGAUCAUGGAAAUAGUGAAUAAUCCUGAUUGUGAAGCCAAACAGUUUAGUCACAGUUACCUGCAGAGCACUUUGGUCCUCAUCCUGAUAACGCUCAUGCUGAUAGUGAUCAUCGGGUUCACUCAUGCUCUGGUGGUGUUUCGGGUGGUGGCCGCACCACUGAUGUCUCAGAGCGAUUGGAAGUUAUUAAAGGAACAUGCCAACAUUGCAGCUGUGUUGCUUGGAGCGGUGCUGCACUACAUCACUAUCCAGAUCAUGAAUCGGGUUAACAGAUGGGUGUCCCACAAGCUGUGUGAUAUAGAGAAGCUGAACUCAAGUGCAGCCAAAGAGAGAAGCUUCACAGUCAAGAUGUUCACCUUCCAGUUCUUCACGCUCUUCUCCUCUCUCUUCUAUGUGGCCUUUUUCCUUGGCAGGAUCAAUGGCCAUCCGGGACAGUACGUGCGUAUUGCUGGUUUCCGGCUGGAGGAGUGCGAUCCUAGUGGCUGCUUGACGGACCUCUUCAUCCAGAUGGCGGUGAUCAUGCUGCUCAAACAGACUCUCAACAACAUUGUUGAGUUCACUGGACCCUGGGUAAAGAGCCUUUUGAGCAAAAAAGCUGAAAAGCGGAUGAAGAGGAAGUGCGGUCACUGUUACAGAAAAGCCUGCCGUGUUGAGCCUUGUGACAUCUGCAAACUUCAGGACUGGCUGCGGAACUACCACCUGUGCCGCUCAGAUGCCUUCAGCCUGUUUGAAGAGUUCCUGGAGAUGGUGAUCCAGUUCAGUUUCACCACCAUAUUUGUGGCAGCCUUCCCACUAGCUCCCCUGCUGGCUCUCAUCAACAACAUCUUUGAGAUCCGCCUGGAUGCCAUCAAGAUGACCCGCUUGGAGCAGCGCCUUGUUCCCAGGAAGACCAAUGACAUUGGUGUGUGGACCAAAGUGUUGGAGGCCGUUGGUGUAUUGGCAGUGAUCACGAAUGGACUGGUCAUUGGGAUCACAUCAGACUUCAUUCCUCGGCUUGUGUAUCGGUACCAUUACGGACCAUGUGCUGGUGGAUCUACCAACACACACUGCAUGGAAGGCUACAUCAACGACACUCUGUCCACGGCCUAUAUGAUUAACAAUGACACCAAAACGUUCAUACACUCAAAGCAAAGACAUCUCUUUAACGUCACUGAAUGCAGCUACAGAGACUACAGGAACGAGGACAAUGAGCUGAGCCACAAGUUCUGGCUGGUCUUGGCGGCACGCUUUGCCUUUGUCAUCCUCUUUGAGCACGUUGUGGUGGUGUGCAAGUUCAUAGCAGCCUGGUUUGUCCACGACAAUCCCAUUCACGUAAAGAACAGUCGUCAGACAAAUAAAAUGUCUCGUCUCAAGAAAGAGUUAAGGUUGAAGAAACGUAACAAAUCAACAGAAGUGUGAUUUCUACAAAGCUGACCUCAGAUCUGCUGUCCUGAGUUCGCUCUGGUCCAGGUGUUGUUGGACCAGGGUAAGAAUUAACAACUGCUGUUCAAACACACAAGGGACCACGUUAGAAUAUUACUGUAUUAGAUGCCAGCAUAAGAUUUCAUGUUUUUAUGUUUGGAUGUAAAAUUAUGUUUUAUUUGUUGUUUAAUUGUUUAAAACAUGUGAUUUAAUGAGGUGUUUUCCUGUUUGGGUCAGAGGAAGGAGCAGACCUGCAUUGUUACAGAAUCCACAUGGAAGCCAGCGGGACAUCAGGUGGUUUCAAAAGCCACACACGAUCAUUAUUAGGGUUUAUUAUUAGAAAGGAUACAAACUCCUCUGCUCCUUGUUCUAAACCCAAGCUGGUCUCAUUUCAGAUUUAUGUUGAUAUCUGAAGAAUAAAAGCUGUGUGAAACACGA